UGGAGUGGGGCGCGAUGCUGGGGGAGCGAGGGCCGCGUGUCCUGGGACUACUGGCCUUAGGGGUGUUGAUGGCAGGGGCAGCGGGGGUGACGGCUGCUGGAGCAGCUGCUUCCCGGGGCGGCGCACACCGGGAGCUGCUCACGGCCAGGUGCUCCUCCCGAUGCCUCGCCCUGCACAUCACCCAGUUAAGAGUGGCUUUCGGGAGCCUACAGAACGAUGAGAUUCUGACCUGGUGCAGUAACAACCGAAGAUGUUCUCAGUGCUUGAAGCCAUGCAGAGCCCUGGGAGAUGCCUCCAAAAAUCAGUGUUGGGAGAUAUGUGCGGUAAUUCUAUCCUUCCUCCCUUACACUCACCUCUAGUCCUCUGGACCCAGAAGCUGCAUCUGCUGGACUCAACAUGAGUGUCUGACCAGCUGUGAGUUCCUGAGGACCUUGCAGACCGUCAAGCAAGGAGACUGCCCGCCCUCAGCACGGGCAUCCGGCUUUGCUGCCGCCUGUGUGCAGAGCUGCCAGGUGGACCACGAAUGCCCAGGGAACAGGAAGUGCUGCUCCAAUGCUUGUGGGCAAACCUGCCAGACUCCAGACAACAUGAACAGAGGUGUUCCACUGAGGCCUAGAAAACGCCUCACCAUUCUGGAGAGAUCUAGGGGAGCCAUCCAAGUCUCGUGGAAAUCCAAGCCCAGUGUUUCCAUAGAACCCGUAUUCUACGUCCUGCAGGGCAGGUGGCACUGGGGGCUUCACCCUAGUGAAGAUGAGGCUUCAGAAUGGAAGGUGGUGGCUGUGACCAUGGAGGAGAGCGCCCGGCUGGAGGACCUCGGGCCAAACAGAUGGUACCAGUUCCGAGUGGCUGCAGUGAAUCCCCACGGCACCCGGGGCUUCACUCCUCCCAGCAAGCACGUCCAGUCUUCCAGAGCUCCUUUGCCUCCAGGGUUCCCCCAGAAUCUCAGAAAAGGUAAUGUCACCACCAAUCAUGAUGGGACUCACAGCAUCAUCAUUUCCUGGGAUCCUCCUCCUGAAGGGCCUCUGGCUGUCCAUCGCUACAAGAUCUGCUGGAGGCCCUGGACACCAGGAGCACAUGCACCUUCUCCUAAGAUGGGGAAGCUAAGAGUCACCGCGGAAAAACCUGAGGUGCAACUAGACAGACUUGAGGCUGGCACCACCUAUCAGGUACAAGUGCAGACCAUCAUUUCCUGGGGCCAGAAACGCCUCAAGAGCGCCAAGUCUCAGAUGCUCCUUGCCACGCCACCAAGAGUGAAAGAGAAGAUGAUCCUCCUCCUAGAUCAAUGAAAGUCGUCUCAGGAUGUGAUUACAGAUGUCCAGGUUUU